AUGUCUCCCUUGCAUUCUGCGGCGCCUCAGCAGCCGGGCGACAAGCCCUAUGACCCGGAGAUCGUGGAUAUGGCCACUUACAUCCACCAAUACAAGAUCGACUCGGACCUGGCGUACGAUACGGCCCGUCUUGUCUUCUUGGAUACGCUCGGCUGCGGAUUGGAGGGGUUGCGGUUCAAGGAAUGUACCAAGCUGCUAGGCCCUGUCGUUGAGGGCACAGUGGUGCCGAAUGGUACGCGCGUGCCGGGUACGCCGUACCAGCUCGACCCGGUCAAUGGCGCAUUUAACAUUGGCGCUAUGAUUCGCUGGCUUGACUACAAUGACUGUUGGUUGGCCGCCGAAUGGGGUCACCCGUCGGACAACCUGGGCGGUAUCCUAGCUGUGGCGGACUGGAUUUCACGCACGAACAGGGCAGGCGGCAAGCUGGGUAACGGACGGAUUCUGAAGGUCAAGGAUGUGCUCGAAGGGAUGAUCAAGGCACAUGAGAUUCAGGGUGUUCUGGCGUUGGAGAACUCGUAUAACAAGGUUGGCCUCGACCACGUCGUGCUCGUCAAGGUGGCCACCACUGCGGUCGUCUCCAAGAUGCUGGGCCUCAGCGAGAAGCAAACCGCCGACGCUAUCACCCAGGCCUGGGUUGAUGGCCAGAGCCUGCGUACCUACCGUCACUCACCGAACACCAUGUCGCGCAAGUCAUGGGCCGCAGGUGACGCCUGCCAGCGGGCCGUCAACCUCGCACUCAAGGUGCAGAAAGGCGAGGGCGGCGUCAACACCGUGCUGUCAGCCCCCGUGUGGGGGUUCUACGAUGUUCUCUUCAAGGGCAACAAGUUCAAAUUCCAGCGGCCAUAUGGUAGCUACGUGAUGGAGAAUGUUCUCUUCAAGGUCUCAUACCCAGCCGAGUUCCACUCGCAGACGGCCAUUGAGUGCGCGCAGAUUAUCAACAAGAAGCUGGCGGCGAUGGGCAAGAGCGCCGCAGACAUCAAGGAGAUCACAAACCGGACGCACGAAGCGUGCGUUCGAAUCAUUGACAAGCAGUUCAAAGCGAUGGACAAUUUCGCCGAUCGCGACCAUUGCGUGCAGUAUAUGGUUGCAACAAUGCUGGUUUUCAACCGGCUGACCGCCAACGACUACGCCGACGGCUCCGAGGCCGCGACCUCCCCCUUGCUGGAGGACCUGCGCCAACGCAUCCGCUGCGUCGAGGACCCCCAAUUCACGCGCGACUACCACGACCCGGCGAAACGCACCAUCCCCAACGCUCUGACCGUCACCCUUAAUGACGGCACCGUCCUUGACGAAGUGCUCGUCGAAGCGCCCCUCGGCCACCGCCUGCGCCGCGAGGAGGCUAAGCCCGACAUCCUCGCCAAGUACAAGCGCCACAUCCAGGCCCAUUUCGAUCCAGCGCGGGUCGAUGAGCUGCUGCGCAUCGGCUGGAACCGUGGCGAGCUCGAGAACUACGAUGUCGACCAGUAUGUUGAUCUGUACGUCCGGGAUAGCAUUGUUGAGCCAAGUGCAUAG